CGACGCCCUGUUCGUUAUUCUAUGGCGGAAAUUCAAAUCAUUUGCUGAUUUUGUGGCCUUGCAACUCAAAACAUUUUUGCCUUGCUGAUCCCGGUCGUACGUACCUGAAGCUUCUGGUUCUUGCAUCUCGCGUCACUCUCCUUGUCGUUCUUUUGCGAAGCAACUCUCCCACCAUGUCAGCCAAGAACUGGUCCCUCAAGGAUUUUGAGAUAGGUCGGCCGCUCGGGAAGGGCAAGUUUGGCAAUGUGUACCUCGCACGUGAAAAGACUACAAAGUUUAUUGUGGCACUUAAGGUCAUGUUCAAGUCUCAGCUCCAGAAGAACGGCGUGGAGCAUCAACUCCGAAGAGAAAUCGAGAUCCAGUCCCAUCUCAGGCAUCCCAACAUCUUGUGCCUCUAUAACUGGUUCCACGAUGAGACGAGGGUCUACCUGAUCCUGGAGUACGCACCCCAGGGCGAGCUCUACCGCCAGCUCACGUCGGCCAAAAGGUUCAGUGACAAGAGGGCUGCCACGUACAUCUACCAGCUUUGCAAUGCGCUCAAGGUUUGCCAUAGCCAGAAGGUCAUCCACCGAGACAUCAAGCCAGAAAACCUUCUCGUUGGCUUCAACGGCGAGAUCAAGAUUGCAGACUUCGGCUGGUCCGUGCAUGCGCCAUCGUCCAGGCGGGCCACUAUGUGUGGCACACUGGACUAUCUGCCGCCGGAGAUGAUUGAGGGUGCCAUUUACGACGAGAAAGUGGACCACUGGGCUCUCGGCAUCCUCAUCUACGAGUUCUUGGUGGGAAAGCCACCCUUUGAGUCGCCCACAACGCAGGAUACCUACCGGCGCAUCCGCGAAGCCAAGGUGGUGUACCCUCCAUUUGUGAGCGCCGACGCACGGGACCUCAUUGGCAAGCUUGUGAGGAGACGACCUGCUGAGCGCAUUUCCCUGGAUGAAGUCAAGGCCCACCCUUGGGUUGUGAACAAUGCGGACACUACCAUCCAAUGCCGCACCUUGUAAUAAAGCGAGUGCGAGCUGUUACGGCUGAUGUAUAUAGCAUGUACAGUCACAUUGUGUGCAUUGUCUGGGACUUGUGGAUGAUGUGUUCGCAGGUGAGCUCUUCUACAGCUUCUAGUGUGCAAUGUCAUCAAACUGUCAGUGCGGCAACUUGUGCCUCACCUAUGUAGCUAACCUUGAAGCUCAGAGCACCGUAAAAUUUUUCCGUACGAGAUGCACCACUCCUUAUAGUAUGCACGCCAUUUCAGCCUCUCUAUCAUUUUGGCCUACACUGACCUUGUAUGAUGAAUACAAGCAUUAUGUAAACCGUCUUUUAAACUGUGGUACAAUAUGUAAUAAACAUGUUCUUUUAGUUAGUACAA